UUGACAACAAGUUUGUUUCAAAAUGGCGUAGGGAACCUGUCGAUGGACUGUUAAUAGCAGAAAUCAAAACAGUAAUAAUGUCUGCUAAGAAAGGAAAGCACGGAGGUUAAUGCUGCCGUGGAACGGCUCUUGGAAUUGGCUGACCGCAUGAGGAGCGAGGAUUUUGGAUUCAAUGAAAAAGAUGUUCAAAACAUAGAUGGAGUAAUAGAAGCAGUUCAUGCAUUGGAGGGUGAACGAACACGGGUCCAUGAUAAACUUGAAACAGAAACAAUUCAUGCCAGUAUCCUACGCCACAAACUUCAGUUCUUGCCAGGAGAAAUCAAGAAAGAAAUCAAAGCUGCUGUUGAGUCGGCCAGACAGUCCAAUGCUGAUGUCCUGCGAAAAUUACAGCAGCAACUGGAUGAAAUCAACCAAAACACAGUUUAUCUUGAAACAAGACAGCAAGAACUGGAUAAAGAAAAUGCUGUUUUACACCCACAGAGAGAGCUUGUCAAAGAGAAACAUGAACAAAUUAUCUCGCAGCUUAACCAGCGUAUGGCUGAAAAAGCUAGCUUACAGAUUACCUUGAAUGAAACAAGAGACAAAGUCAGACAGACUAACCAGGAUAUCGUUGAUCUUGAAGAUGGAAUUUUACAACUGAAAGAGGAUCUGAUUGUUGAGCGGAAAGAAGCAAGGACAGAGAAGAAGAAACUUAAGAGGGCUGUGACUGACACUGCAGAAAAAACAAAAGACCAAAAAGUGCUGAAUAUCGUGAAGAAGAAGGAACUUGAUGUUAUCCAUGAACAGCUGCUGGAGAGUGAGGGGAAACUGGAAGCGAUAAGAAUGGAUCUUCGGAAAUAUGAGACUUCAAAAGCCAAAUUGGAAGGUCAGGAGAGGGCUCUGAAUGCUCAGCUGCAGAAGCAACUCAAACUAAACGGAGAACUCCGUAAUAAGGGCAAUGCAAUAAUCAAGGAAGAUAUGCAAUCUCAGCAAGAUUUUGAAGGUAACGAAAAACUGUUACGGAAUAAAUUAGAGAAGAUGAAGUAUGAAAUAGAAAGAGAAGAUCAUAAGAGUAUGGAACUACAGGGUCAGAAGAUGGAUUUACAUUUAGACCUUGAACAGAAGAUGAAAAUCAGGCAGGUGGACGCUGAACGUGUGAAUGAACUAAAUGAUGAACUGCAGACAGAGAAGCGUGCCCUGGCCUUGAAGGCUGAGGAGAUGGGAAGGAUGCAGGCAGAGAACGUAGAGAUGCAUGACCAGAUAGAAAACCUAGAGGAGUCCCACAAGGCAGUAAUGGCUCAACUGAACAAGCAGAUAGAGGACUACAGGGAACAGCUGGGGAAGGAGCGUAAGGAAAGGAUCAUGGUACAGGAACAGAAAAACAGUGUGUCAAAGAAAGUGGAGGAUUUUAAAGUAGACAACCAGAAGUAUCUUAGUGACAUGAACAAGAAGAUACAGGAGGGGAAAGUUCGGCAUGUCGAUCUCUCAAAUGAGGGAGCCAGUCUACAACGAGAUCUGAAGCUGGAUGAAACUGAAAUCUCAAACCUGUCUAGUGACCUCAGUGAGGUUCAAGGUCGCUAUGAGACCAUGUACACCAGCAUGCAGGGUCGCAUUGAAAUGAUGGAGUGGCAAAUUGUGGAGUAUGAACGUGGGAUUGUGGAGAAGAAGAAGAAAAUUGAAGAACAGACACCAAUAUUUCAUGAUUUAGAAAAAUUGUUUGAAGAGAGAACUAAUGCUUAUGAUGAACUGAAAAGGGGCAUAGCUAAGAUGCGACAGAAAAAGAGUGCUCUAGAUGAACAGAUACGGAAAACCUUAGACACAAAGGACAACCUUGUCGGACCUCGGGAAAAAAUGAAGGAGUCUUUAAAGACCAAGCGAAUAGAGUCAAUAGAACAGCUGAAGAAACAAGGAGAGGAACGACAGAAAAUGGAAAGGGAGAUAUAUCAGGCUGGCUGUAAACUGAAAACGAUAAUCGAGGAGAACAAGAAGAUUGAGGAUGGUUGUAACAAAUACCAAGCUGAUAUGGAUGAGCUUCAAAAACAAAUGAAUGAUGACGAACGUGUGAAAGAAAGGCUUCAGAACACACUGGAUGAAGUAAAAGUGGGCCUCACAGAAAGCUGGCAAAGUGACAGGGAUAUGGAAGAGAGAUACACGGAGCGUGACCAGUUAAUCGUGGAUGACCUUGGGAAGCUCAUGCAUAAAACAGAAAAGCGAAGUGAAAAAAUAUCAGAGAUUUCCGAUAAUCUGGAGGGAGAGUUAGCAGUGUUGGCCGGAUUUCUGGAGAAUCUGGCUACACGCAGACCAAGAGGAAAGAAAAAGCCAUCGGACAAGAGACACCCCCGUAAGCAGAACAAGGUCUUCUCGUUCAAUCCAUCUCGCAAGGCAAGGAACUGAAAUAUCAACUCAGAUCAAUACGCCUAUACCCCCAAUUUUAUCAUCACCAAAGAAACAUGAUGCACAAUCCCCGAGGAAACCAAUUCAUGAUGGCCGUGUGUCUCGUCAGGGUGGCAAAAGUGGACGAACCUCUCGACAAAUCAGUGCUCGAAGUGUUGUGAUAGAGGGUUGAUGCAAAAACUUUGUAAAUAUUUAUUAAAAUUAUAUAUGAAUUCACUGUGAUAUUCUUAAUGGCAAAUUAAAGUAUUGAGUAAUGAAAUU